GCUUUUCUCCGCCUCUUUCUGCGUUUAAACCCAAACUUUAGCAGCUCGUUGUCUUGCUCACCAAGACAUAAAGAGGGGCAGGGGUGCUGCGUCUGGCCUAUACAGAGGUAAUGAAGAGAAUUGCGUCAGUGGCGCACGCAGGCAGGCUUGAAAUGCGCCAGGCGGAUGAAAAGUAGAGGCGCACUGAGGGGAGAGAGGAAAAAAAGUUCUCAACAAGGAGAGGCAGGACGACUCUGCCGGAGCCCUGCAGUCUCGCUUUUUAUGCCUCGAGAAGACUCUUCCUGCCACUUUCUCAGCCUUUCCGCGCCGCAGCUCCGCGUUUCCGACGGACAAAAGCGACUUUUUCGCGCAAGUGAAGCGGCGGCACCAUGGAGCUGCUCUGCCUCGAAAUGGAAACCAACAUCAGAGCCCGACCCGAUCCGAACCUCCUGUGCGAUGACAGAGUCCUGCAGAGGCUGCUGACCAUCGAGGAGAGGUUUCUACCUCAGUAUUCCUAUUUUAAGGGCGUUCAGAAAGAUAUCCAGCCGUUCAUGAGGAGGAUGGUGGCGACUUGGAUGUUGGAGGUCUGUGAGGAGCAGAAGUGCGAGGAAGAGGUUUUUCCUUUGGCCAUGAACUACUUAGACAGAUUUUUAGCCAUGGUACCAACCAAAAAGUGCAACCUGCAGCUGCUGGGAGCAGUCUGCAUGUUUCUAGCCUCCAAACUGAAAGAGACGCGUCCAUUAACUGCAGAGAAGCUUUGCAUCUACACAGAUAACUCCAUUAGACCACAAGAGCUGCUGGAAUGGGAACUGGUGGUUUUGGGGAAGUUGAAGUGGAACUUGGCAGCGGUAACGCCAAACGACUUUAUCGAGCACAUUGUGAGGAGGCUGCCGCUACCCGAGGAUAAGCUGGCACUUAUACGUAAACAUGUCCAGACCUUCAUCGCCCUCUGCGCCACAGAUUUCAGAUUUGCCAUGUACCCUCCCUCCAUGAUCGCCACAGGGAGCGUGGGGGCUGCGAUCUGUGGCCUGCAGCUGGACUCAGCUGACCAGUCACAGUGGGGGGACAGUCUGACCGACCUGCUGGCCAAAAUAACCAACACAGAAGUGGACGUUCUGAAGGCGUGCCAGGAGCAGAUCGAGCGCGUGCUGGAGAGCAGCCUCCGCGAGGGCCGGCAGCAGCAGCAGCAGCAGCAGCAGACUCAGAGAGGGCCCAGCGGGAAAGGCCUGGACGAGCUGGACCAGUCCUCCACCCCGACAGACGUCCGCGAUGUCAACUUGUGAAGCGCCGGAGGGCAUCAUUGCACAGGAUUUACAAGCAAACACAAAAAAAAUUAAAAAAGAGAAACGUCGUUUAAAAAAAACUCAACUUUCUUAAAACCAGAAAAAAAAGAACAAAACAACGAAAAAAAUGUUGAAAAAACACAAGCCCUUUUAACAGAUAAAGAACAAUGCUUGCUAGUUUUGUGAAGUAUCUGUUGAAAAGCACCUGCACAUGUAAUCGAUUUUCUACCAUCUGGUCUGAAAGCAACAAAUCUGCGUGAAGAUGAAGCUCUGUGGUGCCUUGGAUAUACAGAAGGGAAGCCAAUCAUAUUUGCAUUCUGCCUUUGAUUGUAUAGUGUGACCUUUAAGUUAUAUUUUAACCCUAGCUUGAUGAUGAGGCUGUUGAAGUCGAGGAAACCAUUAAGAAGCUGCAUAUACGGGAUCACUGCUGGGCUUAUGUCUCUGUCACAUGAUCGAGCUCCUCCACCACCAGGGAGGCGGAGCCAGCAGGAACAUUGUGCCGAUGGGUUCCACUUCCUGGCUGGGAUGAUAUUAAUUAUUAGAUGAUUACUUGUUUUUAAUAUUAUCAUCUGUUGGAAGCGAGUAGUAGCUCCUUUUGUCAGGCUGCUUGUGUGUUUGCGCGUGGUUGUGCGAGUGUUGCGCGUGAUCCUCCAUCUUUAUUAGCAUUCUGUUGCAUAAGGCACUUGAACAAACACUUUGGUGUGUGAGGCGGGGCUACACAGGCUGUUUCCAUCCAUUUAACUGGGCAUCUACGCUGUGUCGCUGCCGUCACGCAUUAAUGUGGUUCAUUACCGCCUGGAACACGAGGCGGACUUGAGGACGGACGCCGCAUCUGUCUCGGAGCAUUUCACCUCCGGCUGAGGGACUCUGAGAGGCUUAUUACUGCCAUGCAACGGGGAAACAUCACAUCAGCUUCCGGUUCGGGCGUGUCCUCGGAUGUUGGAAGAGGAGUUUCCUGUAGAAAGAUUUUUUCUCUUUUUUUGUCUUUAUUUGUGUGAUUUAGCAGGCAGGAAAUGUAGGGAGCCGAGGAAAGACUUUGACGGGAGGAGCGUGGUAGUGUAGGAGGAGCAUGCUGCUGUUGUAGGAGAAGUGGAUGAUGUUCAGCUAGAGGCUGGAAGAAUUCAAAAAAAAGACAUCGAGAGGCUUCGUUAUAAGCUUUUGUAAUGGGGUACUGUCAGGUGAACAGUAUGUACUCGUUUCCAUUUGCAUGGAACUUGCAUGAGGAAGUUAGACAAUAGGCUGCCGGAUGGUGUGAGGACUUCACUCGAAGAGUCGGUAAAAUACUGUCAAUGCAUCUGGAGUCCCACAUGGAGCUGUGCUCAGCUCCCCUAUGAUUUCAAUGGUAAAGCACUUUGAGAACAUGCUCCCCAGGAGAUUAGAGAAUAAAAACGCUGGGUGGUGUUUUAGGUGAAUGGAUUUUUAUGUUUUUGUUUUCCUCAUUAGCCUUUUCUUUGGUUUUACUUUGUAGGGCUGGUUUCCCAAACAUUAGACACACCCUUGUCAAGCAAGAGUCCAUUUUAAAAACCUCGAGGACAUUCCGUACAAAAAACAAAGCAAACAUUCCUGCUCAAGUAAAGAUUUCAGGAGAAUUUGGACAUAAAAUGCCAAUACAACCUGGACAAAGAAUUCUCUUCCACGGGGUCAAGAAAUGAUUUUACUUGAAUUUUUAUUUAUCUGCGUCACAGCCAUGGAGAGCUGCAAAAAAAGGAGCUAAAAGACGGGAUGGAGGCUUUUGCACAUGUUCUUCAAAGGGUUUGUUUGGAACGGAUGUGCGAGGUGGUCAGUUGUUCAUAUGGUGCUGGCCUGACUGUCGGUGAAGGCCUCCGUCAUCUGUGAGGCAGACGUCUGUCCGCUCACGAGUCUGCCUCAGCCAGGUUCUAUGGAGGGAUGUUUGUGCCACCAUGUAGCAAAAAAUAAGGUCAGUUUGAAGAUCAAAAUCUUCUAAAUUGCAAACAAAAAGUAACGUGUUAAGAAAAUAAAUCAAAUUUGCAAAUACAAAUUUUGAAUAUUUGCUUUCAAAAAUAUUUUAUAUAUGUAAAAUAUUUAAUAUAUGGUUGAAGACCGUAGAGUUCUGAUCAGACAGGGCUGAUAGAAAGUCCAAAGUCGGCCUCGGCCCCCAAGACACCCGAUUGGAUAGAAUCAAAGAGUCAAAGUCAAGGCCCAGGGGCCGGAUCCGGCCCUCCAGAUCAUUUUAUUUUAUUGUUAUUAAUGACCCGAUGUUAUCCCAAUGUUGCGCUUAUUUCUAACUCGUUUAAUUUUGACAAAAUAUAUUUUUAUGAAGAAAUCUUGAAAGUUGUUGAAGGUCUAAGUUGAUUUAUUCUAGAAUAAUAUUCCUGUCUUUUUAACAUUCUUAAUUAUGUUAAAAAGUUUUAAAUUUAGGCUUUUUCUGUUUUUUAGGCUGUUUUGUAGUUUAACUAAUAUAUAUACGGUAGCCGUUUUAAUAACAUACGUUUUUUUUUUUUGUUUUUUUUUCAGCUAUCAUGCUACUUGUUUUGGCUAAUUUGGGAUUUUUUUUCAGUAUUUUAGAAUAUUUUGAAGUUUAGCCAUUUUUUCAGGUACAUGCUAGCUGUUUUGGCUAACUUUCUUUCUUUUUUUGUUUUUGUUUUUUGGCUAAUUUGGCAUUUACCUAACAUCAUAGCUGGCCAUAAGAGUAUUUUUUGAAAGCAAAUAUAUAUUUUCGUUUGCAAAUGAUGAAGUUUUAUUCUCAACACUUUCCAUUUUGUUUGCAGUGUUGAACAUUUUGAUCUCAAAUCUGUAACUUUGGCUUCCAGUAUGGUGGCCCAAUAAUCCCUCGACAGAUUUCAUCCUUUAAUGACGGAAUGAGAAGAAGCGGGGAUCUCUUUCAGUAAAACUGAACAGUUCAGUGGCACAUUUGCAGAAUCAUCCCCGUUUUCCUGAUUUGAUCCCUCGUGAUGUUAGCUCUCUCCCAAACUUUUAAUGGCUGUGAUCUUUUUUUUUUUUUGGCAAUUAUUGUUGCAUGUGUUGUAUAUUGAUGCCGCGGAUCCGUUUGUGUUUGGUGUAUUUUCUGGGGUGACCAGACCCUCAAAAGGGUCUUCUAAGAUUUUAGAGAUACUGUAUCCCAAAGUGAAGAGAGGAUCAAGGAGGAGGUGUGAAGACGUCACAUCAAAAGAAAAGUGUCGAUAUUUUAUUGUCUUUUUGCGCUGCUAAAAGCUAUGAAUUUGUUUCAUUAAUACAAAAGAAAUACCAUUACCUAGUCGUGAUGUGUCACAUGUGUGCUGCUAUUUUAUAAACAUUUGUAUUAUAAUAUAAUUAUUUUACUGCUUAAGAUACUUCCAGAAAAACAAAGUAGAUGG